ACAGUUCCAUAUAUAUUUCUGUCUUUGUCUUUAUUUAGUUUGAAGAAAUCUUACAAUCCUCGGACAUUAAACAUCAGAUAUUGUGUAGCAUAAGAAGCUCAUUUGUAUUUGUUCUCGCCCUCUUUUCCAGUAGUAGUGUGCUAAUGUCAUGAUUUAAAUGAAGUAUUGAUCAGUUUAGGAGGGGAGAAUAGAGAGAGAGGGAGCAAUUGUGAGGGAAAGAAAGCAAGACCAGGGUUAUCGGUGUGGAUCGCAUACAGAAAGAGUGCGCUAACGGAUGAGACACGUUUUAAGCGAUUCCGUGAAAUGGAUUUCUGCAUAAUCUGUAUUUUUAAUUCAGGAAUAACCGCCAGCCUCUUUUGUUUGACUUAUUCCGAGAAUCAAAAACGGACACGGAGAUGACGCAGCGCCUUGAGCAGAGCAAGAACGGAAAUAACUGUCUUUUUUACUCUUGUUUUUUGUUGAUUUCAUGGAGUAUUUGCCAGCCUGUAUACCGACGGUUAAAUAAUGCUUUGUUCUGGUUCCUGUCUGGGUUUCCAUCUUGUCUGGUUAUAAUUCCUUCUGUAAUGACGACAUUGCAUCAGGCACACUGGAUUAAAGCCUCCGUCCAAGUGAACCAGGAGCUAGCUGGACAACCAGGAGCAAGGAUCUCUCAGUCGCUGCCUGAACUGCAGGAGAGCCGUCUGGAUCUCCGGAGGAACAGAGUCACUUGCAGCAACACCAAAAGCAGCUUCAGAGCCAGACUCGGCAGGCCCAGGAGCUCCACAGUCAGAUGGCAGCAUGGGGCAGAUUGGCUGCAGAGAGCACCCAGGUGGGGCACAGCUGUAAACACCUGGAGGCUCAUCUGGGGGUGUAGACCUACCUCGGUUAUACAGUGCCAGGAAGGAGCUCGGGGAGACGACCACUGCGUGUCCACAUUCCAUGUAGGCCCACCGACAGAGAGACACAGAUUCACCAGAGGACGUCAUUUUAAUCCAAACAGAUGGGUCAGCGACAGAAAAAGACAGACAAUGUUGAAGCUGGAGGGGAAGAAUCAGAGACUAGAGAGGCAGAUAACAGCUCCAACAGAAAGGGUACAGUUCUGGAGGCAGACAGGGACACAUCAACAUCCCACCAGGCUGGCCCAGCAGGACAGCGCUCCACCGACUCCACACAAAGACAUGAAUGAUCGCAGGUCACAGGUCACUCCCACAGCAAGUUUCCUGAAAGUGCAUGCACGCAAGUAUGCUUUUUGUCCUCAAAGUAUUAGAGUGUGUGAGGAUCCACUGAUGCGCCUGAAUGCCCAGGUGGUGUUUCUGCAAGGCGAAAGGCAAUUUACAAUGCCAGCGAUGAAGCUUUUUUUGCACACCUCACUAAAAGCAUAUUCUCCAUUUGUUAUCAAAAUGACAUACAUCUCCUACUAUCUAUAUGCUGUAAAAUUGUAUCUAUGAUGAUCAAUAAUUUAACUUUUAGCUUUCCACUGUCAGUAUGAGCAUAUUGAGAGAGAAAGAUACAUUAAAUGAAACAGUAAAAUGAUCUAGUGCCAUGUUCUUCCUGUAUGCAUGAAGCCUACUUAACAGAAUGUGUUCUUUAUGAGUUGUGCUGUUAAAUGGACAGGUGGUUGGCUUGGGUGUGGUUUGAAUGUUGUUAAAAAAAUAAGCGUUGGGUGUUCUAAGAGCCAGUGUAGUGAAAUGCAGACAGAGCUGAAUAGCAGCUUUGUGUAAUAGGUAUAAUGUUAUUGUUGGAGUUUUUUGCGAUGUUCCCUGUGUUGGUCCACACACUAUUAUUCUUGUCUGUCAUUUUCAAAAAAACACUCUUUUACAGACGUUUAUCGGAAAGACAACCUCAAUAAAUGCUUCUUCUGAUUCUCAUUAAUCGAAGUCAUAGCUGCCAUACAGUGGGUAACAUAGUGAGAAAGUGCUUGACAGUGAAAAGAGCAGAGGCCAUCAUGUCUGGCAAUAGAGAAUCCUUCAGAGUGAGAGAAAUUCAGGGCGGAGAUUUGGUGUUAUAGAAAGGCCUUGGACUGCACGGUUUACUCAGAGAAAAGAUGAAUUGAUAUUUUGAUCAGUGGCAAGCUGUAUUGAUGUAUGCUCUUGGGUGUAAAGGUGUAUGCGAGAGAGCGUGUGCAUGUGUGUGUGUGCAUGUGCGUGCAUGCUUGAAUGUGCACCUGCAGGAUUUGCUGCGCAUGCAUAUGCAUGCAUCUGAAUGUCUCCACUGCGAGAGAGUGUGUGCAUAUACAAGAGCCUGUGGAGAGACAAAGAGGACAGAUCAUCUCAAAGCACUGAUGGACUAAAGUGGAAAGUCCUGCUGAGCAAGAGAUGUGUGCGUGUGAUAAAUAAUGGGUGUUGGUGCCCAGUGGAGACCAGCAGCGGAGGUGGCUCAAGGUCUGAUGGGGAGCUCCCCUCGUCUGUGAUUGAAGUGUGGAGGUGCUGCUCCCUACACACUUACUUUCACAGUCAUUUUCUACUCGGUCAUAAGCACAGUAAACAGACACAACAAAUCCCCAAGAGCUCAAGCCUGCUCAUCCCACCCCAGCCUCCAUUCCUGUAAGAAUCCAAAGCAUGUGAAUGUCUGGAUGUCACCCUCUUAUGCCAGACCUCGAUUAGCAAUACAAAACCUCUUAAUCACACGCACACAUCUGCAUGUCUCACACACACAGUCCUCCAGAGGGUUACACCACAGCACAGACAGUUAAGCAGUUGUGUCUUAUAUGAGUUACACACAAUGGCCUAUAAGUCCUUGAUACAUAUUUAUGUUCUUUGCUGCAUUGUGUUCAACUAUGUUAUGAGCAUCAAGAGUGCAGAAGGUCCAGUGUUUGGAGAGAGAGAGAGAGAGAGAGAGAGAGAGAGAGAGAGAGAGAGAGAAUAUAAUCCUUUUGGUCAAUAAGACAGUCCUGUACCCUUGCUACAGAAUUUAAUAUAAAGUAUCAGUACUUUUUUUUAAAGUUAUGAAAAUGAUUGACGUUUUUCCAUUUCUGGGUCAAGAGCCAAAAGUGUUUUUCUUUAUAACUUAAAACCAGCCUCUACUUUAAAUUCCGUUGGUACUACUAGCAAGAAGAAGGAUAAGUUGUCAGAAGAUUAGAGCAUAUUCUGAGAACAGGACCAAAUGUGUUGAUUAAGUUGCAUCAAACUAAUUGUGUCCGAGCGAAGGUUGAACAUCACCAAUUCAGAGCAUGUGCUCCUAAUGGUAAUCAAUGAUAUUAACUGAAAAUAUACCUGUUUCUACCAGAAAGAGGAGCAGAGGGAGGGUAAAGUGAAGAUGCCGGGCAAUUUGUGUAGAUCCUGCUUCAUCCACCAACUACUGAGUAUGUGUCCAAGCAGUCAGGAGUUCCAACUGCUACAGUUUACAACCUGUUAUUGAGUUCAGUCAUUGUACUAGCCAAUAUAAAGAACAAAGAAUGCAUAUACUUCAUAACAAAACUAUAAAAAAUGAUAAUUAUUUUUGAUUACUUGAAAGCUGCAUUAUUAUCCAUGUUGGCUUCUUCUUCACUGCUUUUGUUGCGGCAUUGAGAUAGAAUAGUGAGAGCAAAACAAAUGUGAUGAACUGAAAAAGGAAACAUUGGCGUUUGAACAAGUAAUCGCGCUGAGUAAUAAAACGCAGGCGUCAUUUCUUUUAUUUUGAUAUUUUUUGCAUUCUGAUGUGUUAUCUGAUGAAAAUCUUCAGAUUUUUCCAUCUGAUGAAAAUCUUCAGAUUUUUCCUUCAUGUCACUUUGAAGGAAUUAUUAGUUGUAAAUUCACGUUAUUAGUAAAUCCCACUCUUCUUGACCCCUCCACCCCAAAUUGGGGACAGAAAGUUAAAACAGAAAACGACUGACACUGGUACGUAGACUUUUAUCAUCAUAAAAUAACCAGGGACCUAAAAUACCUCAGUGCCCAAGGAAGGAGGUGAAUGCCCAUCAGCUGGCAGGCCCUCGGCAUGUAAAGUCCAUACCCACAGCAGUGACUAAUUGUUUGUUAUGUCAGUGCUUGUCGUGCCCGUUUGCCUUUAAUGGAGUGUAGUGUGGUGAUCCAUCAGGCUGUCGAGCAGGCCCCAUGUCAGUUGAAGUGCUGUGUGUCGGUGGGGCGAGCGUGCCGUGCAAAUGUGAUUUACUGCCCUGCUUGUUGCACCGCGCUGUGCCUUGCCUCUUACCCACGCAAUGCAGCCCCGCUCCUCCACCCGUCUCCCCUUUCCUCUUCUCUCUCCCCAGAUUGAUUACCAGCGCAACUGGCUCACGACACUCGCCAUCUUCUGGCAACCUUUUAGUGCCGUUUUAUAGAUGGUUAGCGCACCUCAUUUGGCUAUUUAUACAUCUGUAAGUGGCCAUGAAAUAUAGAUUUGUCUUGAUGGGUGUCAACAUCGGCGCUGCGGAAGCAGAGUUCAGUGACACCUUGUUAUUUUAAUGGUGUGAGGUAGAGAGGCCCCACAGCAGGAGUCCUUUUCAAACAUGGCUAAAUUAUACUGUUUUUAUUUAAAUUGAAUGUUUACCCUCAUAUUAUACUCAAAGCUAAACACCUUUUUCUUGCCGUGUUUGGUUUGUCCCGAGAGAUGGAAAUAAGGAAAGGAGUGAUUGAGGAUGGAACGGAACACCUUAACCCCUCUCAGACACAGGCACACAUGCACAAACUCUAAACCACAUAUUCUAUAUGUGAAUGUCGAGGGGGUUCAAAGUGAGAAGGAUCCUUAACAGUAACAUGAUGUGUCAUCAACACGCACGCACAUAUUUCACUCCGUUCACAGGCAAGGUCUCAGAGGUAAUUAGGAGCUGGCACCCACUCAGUGCAAUAUGCUGGUUAAUUGAAUAGUUAACAUAUCAGAGGCAGGCAUGUGCAGAUUGAAGGUGACACCUGUCAGGAAGCCGUUCUCUCCCGACCCAGGACAUUUCCCGCUCCGCCUGAUACAUACAGUAUGUCAUCUCUGUGAAAAUACCAAAUUAGAGGCCAGGCAGCCGAGUGCGUGCAGCGCAGCAGGUGUGGAGAUAGCUUGGGGGUGGAGGAAGGCUGGCACUCCUCUGCUCUGUCCUUCAAGAGGAUUUGUUAAGCUCCGGGCACCUAUCCUUACUUCACCUCAGGCCAUUUCCAUGGGUAUGUGACAGGACAGUGACAGGUGUGUGUGUGUGUGUGCAGGCUUCGGCGGGCUCUCCCUCAGUGUGCCCAAAGGCAUCCAGAAGUUGAGUAUGCAUUGUGAAGAGGUGUGUCAACGCAGUAAAGGUGUCCAGACUCAACCAGCUCAAAGGCGGCUUUCUGACUGGUAGACUGGCAUUUGCCAAAAAAAUAAAAAUUAAAAACGUUUUUCAAAUGAUACUUUUUAUCUCCACAACUUGACUGACUGAGUGCUUGCAUUCUUGUCUUUAGAUGUCGCACCUUCAGGAGGGAGGGGAUCGGCUGCAGGCGGAGGUCCUGUCAGGAGCCGCUGCAGUCAGCACGAGAUAACAGCUCGAGACCAGAGGGUUACCAAACUGGAGCAAGACCAGAAGGCUGCUCAGAGCCAAACCACUGAAAGGAAGCAGGUACCAGCUGGGACAUGCACCCAUGUUACAGCAGGGCAGAACAGUGAUGGACUGCUGCAAUGGGCAGAGAUCGAUCUGUAGGAAACCCAGGAAGCUCUGUGGAGAGAGGCUGUGAAGGAAGACUAAGACCACUGCAAAGACUUGGAUGCCCAGGAAGAGGACUUUGUUGUCAGCAGGUGGGCACCAGCUGAGGUGGUGAAGACAGAGCAUCUCCAGAGCAGUAACCACAAAACUACAGGCGGUCCAGAGGUGAAACUGGGAGCAGAAGAAGGGCUUUUCAGAUGACUCACUACUACUGAUAAAGUGCCACCUUCCACCCAGCCCCAUCUUUCUCACCACUAUGUGCUUUUUUUCUUUUCGCCUCCCUGAGUUUGUAAGCUCUAACCCGUGGCUGUGGUCCUAGAGCUUGCCUGCCAUCUGAUAUUUAAUUAGUGGCUUCACAUGGCAGUUUGAUCUCUCUCUCGCUCUCUCGCUCUCAUUCCAACACUUAUGGUCACCAUCACAACAGCCUGCCGAACAAUACAACACAAUGUUGCAUAUUGCUUGCAUCUGAAGUAGCUUCCAAUCAGUGAGCAGGACUGUGUUUGACGUCUUGCUCAAAGGACACUUGUGAAGGAGAAAUGUGGAAACAAACUACUAAGUAAGGCUACUUGCAUGUCUGUUAUUUGGAUAAACAAAACAUGGAUUUCAAAUGUUUUCUAGUUAUGUUUUCUAGUUGACUCAGUUUACUUUGUCCCUGCCAUCUUAGCUGGUGUUUCAUAUUCGGGCUGAAAUUAAUUGCACAAGCAGAAAAAAGGUUUGCUGCACAGCAGUCUCUAUCCUGAGUCAUUUAGAGCCUAUUACGAAACAUCAAUAUAUAGAUUGAAGCAAGUGUCUCAGUGUACUGCUCUGUAAACACAUGGUCGUUCAGUUGUGCAUGUUUUAUCUGCUUGAAUCUUAUCAGGUUUAAAUCUUUUCAUCUUCAAUUCACUUAAUCCUGGCACUAUCGGCUUUUGAGCCAAAGAUUCCACUCCCUCUACCCUGAUUUGUUCGGUUAAUUCUUGACAACCUAACGAAAAAUAACAAGGUAAAUGACAUAAUGUUAAUAAUAUAUUUUUUGUUUUCCAUUUAAUACACAUGUUUAAAGGUUCUGCAUGCAAAGGUUAGAUAUGUUUGAUUUGGUGGCUCCGAGCCAUCCUUGUAAUGUAAAUGCUCACGGUUCUGCAAGCACAAAUGGUGAAGCUUUUGGUCUGUGUGCCUUUAAGAGCUUUAAAAGCAAACUGAAGACUGCCUCGUGGACCAUAAAACAAUCCAGGCAGCAGAAACAACAAGAACAUUUAAUUGGAAGCAGAUAGAGAGUGACUGGUAAGUUUUGACUCCGGUCACAGCCAUGUCCACAGAUAGUUCCAAAAAUAAUCUUAAACUUUAGCCUGUACCUCCAACUUUGCUGUUUUACUGGAAUUAUCAAGCUUGUGUUGACGCACCUUACUAUGACAAAAAGUCAUAAUAUGGUGCGUCAUAUAAAAGAGUCAGAGUAUAGUAUGACUGCUCUAAGGUUAUGUUUUGUUUGUUUCAUGUUAUGAAUUCACGUUUAGUGUUUUAGUUUGUUACUCACCUCUGCUCUCAUUUCAGAUCACUUCACUUCUGUUGUGUUUUCCCAUCAGUUUUGAAUGUCUGCCCCUCCAGAUGAGUUUGAGUUGUACCUCGUUAGCCCUGCACUAACCAGACCUCCUUCUUACCCCUUCUCGCUUUCCCGGUCAGUCAUUCACUACAUAUUUCAGCCCAGUUCCUUUUUUCUUUAUUUUGUUUUAAUUUCUUCGCUGCCACAUGGAGUUUUGUUUGCUUGUAAUCUGCCAGCUGUAGCUGCCUGCCUUUUUGGGAAUUUGUAAGAUUUUUUUUAAAUUAAAGUAUCUUCACUGAAUCUGUCAGUCUUUGACUCUGCAGUUGGGUCCUACCUACUUGUGCUGUUUUCAUCAGCUGUUACAAUAUUAUACAAAGUCAUAGAUAUGCGUAUGCCAUAAAAAAAAUGUAUAGUAUUGUAAAUCAUCAAAAGUUGUAGUAUAGUAUGUCAUAAAAAGUCAUGAUAUGGUAAGUCGAAAAAGUGACAGUAUGUCAAAAGAGUUAUAGUAAUGCAUGCCAAAAGAAGUCAUUGUAUAGUGUGUCAAGAAAGUCUAGAAAGUCAAAGUAUAGCAUCUCAAGCAAUCAUGAAAAAUUCAGAAUUUAAUAUGUUGAAAGAAGUCAUUAGAAAGUAAUAGUGUAGUAUGUUGAAAAAGGUACCCCAAAAUAAUCAUGUAAAAUGUAGAAAAAAAACACAAGAUAUGUUGUAAAAUGUCAUAGUAUAAUAAGUGGGGAAAUUUCAUUUAAUAUCGUUUAGUAGUCAUAUUAGUGGUUCCUUCUAUAUUUUUGGCGGGGCUAAUCAAUUAACCCAUUGGCUAAGGUGUGCUAAGGUUUCUGGGUAACAGUGACCGGGGAGGAUUGGCUCUGCUCAACCCGUGAGAGUGAGAGACACCGUAGACAGUCUUGGCUUUUUCUCUGAAAAUCCAUCGCCUAUCAUCUCCAGCCCUGUAAUGUUUUCACUAACCCACCAAUAACAGCAAAACGUGAAGAAGAAUCAUCUACUGAUGCCGUCUAGGCUGGCCACUCGUGGGUAGUUCUCAGUCGGAGCUAUCCGCUGUUGCUAACCGGAGGUAUAACCGGAGGUAUAGCCACACUGCCAGCCAGCCUUCUCUUUCAAUAGCCCACUUUAUGUUAGGUAAUUAACUUGCCAUAGACACGUCAGAAACCAAACUAAAAGCCAAUCUGGCAAACUCUAUUUUUGAGAUUUGGCUGUGAAUUACCUGCAUUAACGUUAGCUAGUGGCAUACGGGCAUAUUAUUUGUAAACGGCGACACUUGGAGUUGUUUUCAGCUCAUUAAAGAACCACAUGUUAUUAGUUUAGACCAGGGGUAUUGAAUCCAAAUUCAGCGAGGUCCAGUUCGAGAUAAUUAUUAGUGACCCCUGGUUUAGACUAACGUGUAUUCAGUGUGUAAUAGCAUGUUAAAAAAAAGCCAUAGAAUAGCAUGUCAAGAAAAGUCAUAAUAUAGCAUGUCGGAAAAAAGACAUAAUAGGAUUUAAAAAAUAGUAAUUUAAUGGAAUGUCCAAAAUAGUUUUAUAAUGGAAUUUCCACAAAAACAGUCAUAUAUUGGAAUGUCAAAUAAAAGUCAUAUAAUAGCAUGUCAUAGAUAAUUAUAUUUAAAAAAUUAUACAAUAAUGAAAAUGAUAUAAUUGUGUAGCAUGUCGCAAAAAGUCAUUGUAUAGUCUGUCGGAAGCAGUCUUAAAAAUAAGUCACAGUCUGUCGGAAGGUGUUUUAAAAAAGAGAAGGUAUAGAAUAUUAAAAAGUCAGUAAAAAAAAUCAUGACAUAGCAUGUUGAAAAAAGCCAUAAAAUAGCAUGUCAAGAAAAGUCACAAUAUAGCAUAUCAAAAAGGUCAUAACAUUGCGCGCCAUAAAUAGUCAUAAUGUAGCGUGCCAUAGAUAAUUAUAUGUCGAAAAAAAUUGAAAAGAUCAGUUUAGUAUGUUAAAAAAAGUAAUUGUAAUGUCUCUCAAAAAAAGUCCUAGUAUAUUAUGAUGAAAGAAUGACCUAAAAGUCAUAACAUAGUCAUACUGUCACAGUCUCAGCCGUGACUCUGUUUCCCUGUGCUUACCUCCCCAUGUCUAUCUGUGACUUUGUGCAGUUGGCAUCACACUCUUCUCUUGGCUCACUCCUGGCUUCCAGUCCUGAUUACCCACAUCUGCCUUCCAUCAAGUUCAUCACCAUUCAGU